CGUCUCUUGCCUGGUGGCCACGAGAACAGAACCCAGGGUUUUGUCAUUAACACGCACGGAGGGAUGGCGUGCGCUCUAGGGGAAAGGAUGGAUUCAAGAAGCCCUGGUUGCAUGAUGUCCCGCUUGCGGCCGGUAUGGUAACAAACGAGUUUCCAUGAAUGCGCCCCAUUUGCGGCAGCUCUCUAUUCUUGUCCUCUUCGUCGUCUUGGACGAUGCAGAGCGAGUCAACCCAUAUGUAUUCGAGAUCGAGCUGCCUGACGACCUCAAAGGCGCCGAGUAUCGUCUUGGGCAAGCUUGCGUACGGAAUUUCUCCGGUGUAAGCUGUGACCGAGGCCUGACAGUCUGGAAAGGUUGCAGGUCACCCCAGCAGUAGCUGAGAGUUGCAUACCAACCGUUCUGGGCCGUUGGUGAGUCGGAGACGUGCAGACUCGGGGGCGCCCUCCGGCGAGACCUGGAUCAGCCUGGAUGGCAGCAGGACAGACUCAUUUCUCUGGCAUUCAGAGUGCGACAAACUGUCUUUCUCAUCCAGCAUUCGCCGCACACUCGCGAGACUGUCAGGGUU